GAGAGCAGUGUAACUAUGGUUACACUGCUCUCCCUCCAGGCUCCCUCAGUGGGUGAAGAGAAAGAACAGGUGGGAGGAGCUCAGAGGCUGGAGCUCAGGCUUGUGACAUCAGAGGCUGAGGAGGAGGCGGAGCUGAGCAGUGACAUCACAGCGUUGAUGCAGCAGUAUCACCAUGGUUACCGGAAGGCCUGCGUGUUCCUGUGUGUGUGUGGAGUCGUAGUCUUCACCACAGCGUUCCUACUGGCCUACGCUGUGUUUGGUGGGCGGUGCCACGGCUCCCAGGUGGAGGGGCAGGAGGAGGAUGAGCAGCAACCACCUGCAGGCGGGGGGGCGGGGCUUUACCUGGGUGAUCUGAGAGUGAUGAUGAGGAGGCUUCUGCAGGAUGAAGACAUCCACAACACAGUCAGUCGGGUCAGCAGAGCGAGUCAUCCUCCAGGCUCCGCUGAGGGGAUGGCGCUGGCCUCCGAGGUCCUCCAGCGCUUCAGACAGCUGCAGAUGGACCACACCUGGACCGAGUCGCUGUACGCCACGCUGCAGUUCCCCCACAGGUCUCAGAAGAGCUCUCUGUGGCUGUUGGACUCUGCAGGACUGAUCUCAGAGCAGAUUCCUCUGAACCCAUCUGACUUCUGUCCAUACAGCGCCACAGGAAGUACCACGGGGGGCGUGGUCUUCGCCAAUUACGGCCGCCCACAGGAUUUUAAUUGGCUGAGGAGUGCAGGUGUGUCUGUGGUUGGCUGUGUGGUGGUGAUGCGUGUUGGGGGCGGGGUUAGUUUCGCUGAGAAGGUCGGAUUGGCUGAGAGGAACGGAGCGGGCGGAGCUUUGAUCUACCCCGACCCCGCCGACCUGCCACAGGACCCCCGACGCCUCGGACUCAACACACACACCGCCGUGUCUGAACAUGUCCACUUGGGGUCAGGUGACCCCUUCACGCCCGGCUUCCCUUCCUUCAACCAUACUCAGUUCCCGUCCAUCCAGUCCUCCGGGCUGCCACUCAUUCCAGUCCUGCCAGUCAGUGCAUCUGUAGCCACCAAGCUGCUCAGCCAGCUGUCAGGUCCGCCCUGUCCUCCCUCGUGGCGAAGUCGGCUGCCGUAUGUGCGCUGUGUGGUCGGCCCAGACUUCAGCUCUGGACGCAGAGUCAAGAUGGCGGUCAACAACGUGAUGACGCCGGUGCUACUCAACAACAUCUUCUCAUCUCUGGAGGGCCGAAUCGAGCCAGACCAGUACAUCAUCCUGGGAGCUCAGAGGGACUCGCUGGGUCCAGGAGCCGUGAAGUCCGGAGUGGGAACAGCGAUCCUUCUGGAACUGGCCCGAACGUUCUCUGCCAUGGUGAAGAGCGGUUUCAGUCCCAGACGGAGUUUGCUGUUUGUCAGCUGGGAUGCUGGAGAUUUUGGGAACGUUGGAGCGACUGAGUGGCUGGAGGGUUACCUGUCCAUGCUGCACCUGAAGGCUGUGGCCUACUUCAGUCUGGACCAGGCUGUCAUGGGUGAUGAUGUCCUGUCUGCCUACAGCAGCCCUCUGCUGGUCGACCUGUUGGACGCAGCCAUCAGACAGGUGGAGCAUCCGAAACACGCAGGUCAGACGAUCCACAGCCAGGCGGAGAGGGAGGGAGGCAGCUGGAGGAUCAUGAAGCCGCUGUACCUGAACAGUGGAGCCUACACCUUCACGGCCUUCGCAGGAGUCCCGGCUGUGGAGCUCAGAUUCACUGAGGAGCGACCGUACCCAUUCAUCAACACACCAUUGGACAGCACCUCCAGACUACAGGAAGUGCUGGGGGGUCGUCUGGGGAUCACGGGGCGGAGCGUAGGUCAGCUGGUGGGGGAGAUGGUGCUGCGAUUGGCCCACGACCACAUCCUGCCUCUACGCAUCACUUCGUAUGCAAAGACGGUGCUGCAGUUCAGCGCUCAGCUCAUCAAACACUCUGCUGAGCUGCAGUCCAGAGGUUUGUCUCCUCAGUGGGUCUUCAGUGCCAGAGGAGAUUACAGCCGAGCAGCUGAGAUGCUGCAGAGAGCCAUCGACGACAGCGACCUGCAGGAGCCGACGACCGCACGCUUCUACAACACCCGCAUCAUGAGGGUGGAAUACUACUUCCUGUCUCAGUACGUGUCUGCGGUGGAGACGCCGUUUCGUCAUGUGAUCCACGGCUGUGGCGACCACACUCUGAGCGCGCUCACUGAGCACCUGGCCCUGCUGACCUCUGACCCCGAACGCUUUGACGAGAAACGUUUCAGACGGCAGCUCGCCUUUUUUACGUGGACGCUGCAGGGAGCCGCCAACGCCCUGAACGGAGACGUGUGGAGCAUCCACAACACACACACCUACACACACUGACACACAACACACACACUGACACACACACACACCGACACACACACACCUGGUGAAAACACGGGUGCUCGUGUGUAAAAUGAGUUUUCUUGUUGCCAGGCAGAUGAAGUGAAAGUUUAAAAUAUCAGAGAUCAUUUUAAUGUUUAAUAUCUUAUCAAUACUCACCUAUGAUCUGCAAUGUGACACCUGUCAGUCAAAAUAAAGAUGACAUCAUCACCA